AUGAAUCCAACUUCGUUUGAGGACGAUUACUCCGGCUCUGAAGACGCAAUGGAUGGUGAAGACCGAGAUGACGACGGAGAUAUGAUGCAUUCCGGAGGGACUUACGAUUAUCAACAGCAGCAGAUAUUAUUUUAUCCUAAUUUUGACUCUGUCACUGGACGUUCGUUACAACGCCCAAAAACUCGUCGACGAAGAUGGACCCAGCGUGAUAUGACAAAUGCAUACAAUGCAGUCAAGUAUCAAGGCAUGUCUUUACGAGGCGCUGCUACCGCAUUCAACGUACCCGAGUCAACGCUGCGCGACAGAGUGCAUGGACGAGUUAGUCUUGAAUGCUCUCGUCCCGGACCACCAACUUUUUUCACCUAUGAAGAAGAGAAGAAAAUGGUGGAUCAUAUACUGUUCAUGAGCAAAAUAGGAUAUCCUUACACUAGAAAUCAAGUAGUUGAGCUUGCUGGAGACAUGACCAAAGCUGUUGGCCGGAUAGCCCCUUUCAAGUACAUUAAUCCAAGCCAAGCUUGGUUCUACGCCUUUCUCAAUCGUUGGCCAGAUCUGAAAAAUUUCCUGUUCGGCCCCCGAAGCAAUCGAAAAUCGAAAGGUGUCUCUGGUGAUUCCAUACAAUCCUACUUUGAGCAAUUGGAAAAGGUCUUAACGAAAUAUGACAUCAAGGACAAAGCACAACAUUUUUGGAUCGUAGACGAAGUCAGCAUCAGCUGUGAAAACCAACCUCCACGUAUAUUGCCUAUAAGCAUCCAACGCGCGCAGUCCGUAAGCUACUGGAACCCUACUGUAGCUAUGCUUGGCGCAGCCAAUGGCAUAGGGGAGAAGAUACCUCCUUUCCUCAUCUACCGCGGUGAAUGUAUCACACCGUCGAUGAUGGAGGGUGCGGUGCGCGGGACUAAGUUUUCCUAUUCCUCCUCCGGUUGGGUCAAUUCUGACGCCUUCAUUCAGUGGUUCCUGAAACACUUCCGCUUGCUGGUUCACGUCCGUCCCCUGGUGUUAUUCUACGAUGGGCACCUUCAGUUUGUCAGUGUUCGUGUUCUAGAACGUGCACGCGAAGAUGACGUAUUCCUUUUUCCCCUGCCGCCACAUCCAGCCUACAACCACUGUGUGGAAAACACUUGUUUCUGGGCUUUCCAAGUGGUUGUUGAUCUGUUCGCCGAGCUUGGCGAUUGGCUUGCAAACGUUUCGUCACCACACGAGGAGACAUCAUCAGUGCGCAGUUGGGUGGGUACUUCUUCCUUGCCUGCGAGUGUUUAUAUAGCAGUCGAAGACUAUCUGUUAUCUUCUGACAAGCGACUGGAUCGAUUCUUCGAACAAAAUCCCAACCAACCUUUGAUGAGGAACAACGCCGCACCGGUUUUGACCCAUGCCUAUGAGAAGGCGUUGCAACCUUCCAAUGUCAUCCAAUUAUUCGAACGUUUGGGAAUUUGUCCUUUCAACAAUCUGUCCAGUUCGAUUGGGGCUUACAUGAAUAUGACAGAGGACUACGAUCAGACCAGCGUGUCCGGCGAAAAUAUCGAUCCUCACAUGGGUUGUGAAAACUAUGGUCACCCAGCCGCAUGGGCCAAACUCCCGGGCAGUGUGGUUCCCACUUACGCACAUCAUCUACCGUAUCCCCCGACGGUUUUGACCAAUGGCGAUUUGAAAGAACGUCCUCUGAACACUUUCCGUGGUGUCGGCCAUUCAGUCGCGUCCAUCGGAGCGGUGUACCCUCUUACACAAGGUGCUACCCAAUCUGGCUCAUCCAUCCCCUCCAUUGAAGUCCUCAAGCCUGACCCCUCGGUAGCCACUCGAAUUGGCCCUCCUGGACGAUCUGUGAUGAUCCGGUUACAUGGCACAGCAACAACCAUAGGCCAACCUGUUGUACGACCAGGAUCUGUUGAGUCUGUGUCGACAACCUCAAAUACCAAUCCAAUAGUAAUAACGCCCAGGGUGAACGCGGUGGUGUCUUCCAAGCAUGAAGACAGUAUCACUCAUUCGGAUGUAGAUAUCGCUCACGAGGAGGAAGUCGGCUUCGACUCGUCCCAGUCCCAGUCAGCAGUGUUUGCACAGCUACAUUCGGGUGCUGAACACGGGAUGUCAGAACCACCUGAAUUUUUGGACGAGAUCGAAGAUGGUGAAGCGCCGGAUUCCUGUGUCGUGUGUGGACAACUAGAACCACCAGAGUCCGCUUGCCGACCAAGUUCAGACCUCGAGGGCUCUGAUGACCUUCAGGUUGUUGACUGGGUACAUUGUGACUUUUGCAAUCGUUGGGUUCAUUGGAACGGUUCUUGCAGUGAAGGCGCAGUGGUGUGCGAUAACUCAUUCAUGUGCGUUGUCUGUCGACACGAAGGCACGACGGUUGUGAAGGUUCCUGAGUUCAGCAGUUCUACGACCGCAUCUUCCAGCAUGGAGAAACCCGUAACAUCUACGGUGAAUCAUGUGACUACUUGAUUUCUCUAGCUGAAUGUCCUCUUCGUGUACAGCACCUUUUUUUUUAUUAAACCUUGCCUUAUUUUUGUCCAUUGCGAAUAAUUUGAAGCACAUUCAGUUGGUAGAGGUCGUAAUAACGGACCAGUUUUGGGCCAGCUGAGCACGACGCCUUUGUACAGUUACUCAUCCCGUUUCCUAUUUAACCUGGUUCGUCGUUAAUUGCUGCUCCUUGCCUUUCCCUUCUGCCCGUGACUUCUCACUACGACUUUCUGGCGACUGUCGUUUUCGCUUGUCACUAGUGAUGCAUUCCCGAGAGUCAAAUCUGUUACUCUCUCUCUCGCCUGUCUACUGACACCGCCCUCAUGUUUGAUCCUUUCCCCGUGUUGCACUUCCCGCGCAUAUGUAUGCAGGAUGAUGAGUCG